AUGGCGAGUCAGACGAACUCAUCAACACCCAGGUCGUCUGCGGUGAACGCAACCCCUUCCGCUACUGCCUCAUCACUACAUUUGAUCUCAAGCUCCCCCAAACCCAUUUCCCCAGGUUCACUGUCUAGUUUGCCGACACUCGCAUCACCAUCGCCAUCAAUAUCAACAUCGCAUCUAAGCCAGCAAAGUACGCCGAGGAAUACCGUGACAGAAACUUCUCCAUCAGUGUCCCAACCUCGGCUCGACACCACCCCUCAAAGGCUACAGCCGACUGAAAUUAGCACACCAGAAGACGAAGACUCAUCUGAUGGCCAGAAACCUGGCCAAGAUGUUGUCCAAGGAACGGAGAGACCAGCACCGGAAGCUCAACCUACGCCGACGAGGAUUGAAUCACCGCCUGCAAGGAAUCAGCCGCCGCAAAUCAGCCAAACACCAACCAUUCCCCUGGCACCUAAGCCAAGCCCUACCGGAAAUAGCCCGACAGCACAGAGGGAUGAUCCAACACCGUCGAAGCAACCAGAUCCGAAUAUAGUGAGUCCAGAUGGUGAUCGUGGGUCAAAACUGUCAAGCGUAGGUGUCGUGGUUCCUGUAAUACCGACGACCCUGAGAACAGCAACCAACAGCAUUUCACCUAAUACCGAGAACGAAGUCGGGAGAGGCUCGUCUACUGCUAUUUUAUCUACUACAAGCGCAGUGGGCGCUCCAUUCCUGGGUAAUGAGCCCGAAACCACAUCUACAGUCCCUCCCAACGUGGGCGUUGGCCGAACAGGCGGCGGAGUAGGCGCAACCGACGAUACAAGCCAUAGCGGUCAAAAGAAUAUGUCUACCGGUGCUAUCGUGGGUAUAUCUGUUGGCGCAUUUGCAGCCGUAAGCUUAAUAGCCCUUCUAUUUUGGCUCUGGAGAAGAAGAUCGAUGAAGAAACGGACUGGGUCACUGUAUUCCCCAGUGGCCGAUCCCGACACAAACCCGAGGCAAUGGGGACAAAGUGGGAUUGGUAUAUCACCACAACGGCUCUUUCGGCCAAGAAGAGACCCCAGUAGCCUUGACAAUUUCGGGGUGUCAAAUGUUGCGGCGGUGGCACCAAACAUGGCAGAGAGAACUGCUGCUCCCGGAUUAUUAGGUCGGGGCCGUAUUAACAACCAGGAAUAUACUGAAUAUGCUCCUCUGAGGUAUAAUGGGCACUCCCGGGACAACUCAAAUACCAUUGGCACGAACCAACCUAAUUUUGGACUUGGGCAACGCCAGAUCGAGCCUUCGAACCCCUUCUCAGAUAGGAACGCUGUCGACGUGGCCCCCCAACUACCAUCAUUACCUGCGACUGCUCUUGUAUUUGACAUGCCAUGGGGGAACCAGAGCAAGGACUCAGGCAAUGCCGGUGCAGCCGACUCCCGUACAUCUCGUGGAAGAUCCCUUAGUGCGACUGUUAGAGCGUCUCAAUACCCAAGCGUGCCACCAGCUCCGUCGAGACCACAUUCGGUCCACCGAGAAUCUAUACAAAGCGUCGAUUCAUUUACCAAUAAACGGAACAAGUUUCGCUCAGAUCCGUUUGACCUGGAGAUUGAAAGCCGUUUAAUAUCCGGCCAGAGCCCCAUACCAGAAAUGCCUCGACGUACGGCAGCAAGUUCGACGUACAGUGCUCAGCCCGAUAGUGGCCCGUCAUCUCGAUAUACCAGUGGCGUGAGUGUGAGCGGCUGGAGUGUGAUACAUGCCGGCGGUGCCUCCUCCAAAGCAGUGCAAACACAGGCCAAUAACAUUAUCAGUUGGGACCACCCCAGAUCAUCAGAAUUUUCGCACCCGAGUGGUGUACCACGGCCGCUAGGAGACAAGAGACAACCCGGUGUGGUGUUUGGGCAAGCUUUAUAG